UGGGCGCGGAGACCAGACGCAGCGGGCGGGCGGCUAGCCCGGCGUCUGCAGAGGCUCGGCUUGACGGGGCUCUUGGGCUUUUCAUUACUCCGCGGCUGAAAAGGGAGCGCGGCGCUGGGGGCCCGGAGACAUGAAUUACGCGCGGUUCCUCACGGCCACCAGCGCAGCGCGCGAGCCUUCUCCCAUCCGUGUCCUGUCUGAAAUAGUGAACAGGGCACCAAAAUCGCUCAUCUCCUUGGCUCCUGGAUUUCCAAACCCGAACACUUUUCCUUUUAAGACUGCUAGUAUCACCGUAGAAAAUGGAAAGACCAUCCAGUUUGGAGAAGAGAUGAUGAAGCGAGCUCUGCAGUAUUCUCAAAGUGCUGGAAUUCCCGAACUGUUGGCCUGGCUAAGACAGUUACAGGUACGAUUGCAUAAUCCUCCCACUGUCCAUUAUCCCCCCAGUCAAGGACAAAUGGAAAUGUGUGUCACAUCUGGCAGCCAAGAAGGUCUUUCUAAGGUGUUUGAAAUGCUUAUUAAUCCUGGAGAUAACAUCCUUGUAAAUGAACCGGUUUAUUCAGGAACACUUCAAGCUCUGCAUCCAAUGGGCUGUAACAUUAUUAAUGUUGCCAGUGAUGAAUUUGGGAUUAUUCCAGAUGCCCUCAAAGAAGUACUUUCUAAAUGGAAACCAGAAGAUUCACAGAAGCCCGAGAAAAACACCCCCAAAUUUCUUUACACCGUCCCAAAUGGCAACAACCCUACUGGAUCCUCACUAACAACUGAGCGCAAAAAGGGAGUCUACGAGCUGGCAAGAAAGUAUGACUUCCUCAUAAUAGAAGAUGAUCCUUACUAUUUUCUCCAGUUCAGCAAGCCCUGGACACCAACAUUUCUUUCCAUGGAUGUUGAUGGCCGUGUCAUCAGAGCUGACUCUUUUUCCAAAGUCUUCUCCUCUGGGUUGAGAAUAGGGUUUCUAACAGGUCCAAAACCCUUGAUAGAGCGAGUUAUUUUACACACACAAGUUUCAACACUACACCCCAGCACUUUUACACAGAUCCUGGUAUCACAGCUGCUACACCAGUGGGGAGAAGAGGGCUUCCUGGCUCACAUAGAUAGGGUUAUCGAUUUCUACAGGAAGCAGAGGGAUGUGUUACUGGCAGCUGCAGACAAGUGGUUAAGUGAUUUGGCAGAAUGGCAUGUUCCUGCUGGUGGAAUGUUUUUAUGGAUUAAAAUUAAGGGCAUUUCUGAUACGAAACAGCUGAUUGAAGAGAAAGCCAUUAAGAAUCAGGUAUUGAUGGUACCUGGAUGUGCUUUCUUCAUUGAUUGCUCAGCUCCUUGUCCUUACUUUAGAGCGUCCUUCUCUUUGGCUUCUCCAGAGCAGAUGGAUGUGGCUUUCCAGAGAAUAGCCCAGCUUAUAAAAGAAUCUUUGUGAAGAAAUCAAACUAAUCAAAACUACUCGUGGAUUUUUCAGAUUAAACAUGUCUAUGUUUUGGCCAGAAGAAAUGAUGGUGUGGUGUUCGAUUUACGAUUAGAUUUAAUCAAAUAUGUCAUAUCUGUAAUUUAACUAUAUAAUUUUUAAAAUGCCUUUAUUUUUUUUAAUCCACCAGAAUGUCAAAAUAUAUUUAUAAUCCAUUUAUACCUUUUGAUAAUUUUCAACCUGUGAAAAUGAUUUUUAUCUUGGAUUUUACUGGAAAGGACCCUGUAGGUGCUUUACCCUCCCACUGCCAUUGAGUCGAUUCCGACUCAGAGUGACCCUACAGGACAGAGUGGAGCUGCCCCAUGCUAACGUUGGUGUAUAAUCCAGUGCCAUCCAGUCGAUUCUGACUCCUAGCAACCCCUACAGGACAGAGUAGAACUGCCCCAUAGAGUUUCCAAGGAGCGCCUGGUGGAUUCCAACUGCCGACCUUUUGGUUAGCAGCCAUAGCUCUUAACCACUACGUUACCAGGGUUUCUGUAGGUGCUUUAUAACUCUCCACAAAUAUUCUUUGAAUCUAAUAUUUUACGAGGAAUUAUUCUGUAAUUUUAAGGAACAAAUUAAGUUAAAAAUGGCACAUAAUGUGUUCUUUUUCUGUUUGUAGGAAAUUUUAAUGAGCGCUUGUGGUAAGAUUGUUAGAAUUUGACCUUAUAAAUGACUUUCAAUGAGGCUACGACAGCCAUUAUAUUCUGCCACACAAAUCCCUUUAAAAUAAAAUUCUGAAAUUAAACAUA